AGGGAGGGAGCGAGCAGGAGAGAGAAACUUACGAGAGCGCUCCUGGGCGUCUCUAGUCAAUUGCGCCGAGAGCGCAGCAGCUGCGAUGUGAAAUUGACCAAAGUGGUGCAAGACGCUCUCGCUCUGCCCGUCCCUUCCCCCUGUUCUGCCCCUGGGUCCUCCUCUCCCGUCCCCUUUGCCAUUGGAUGACUUUCCAGACGCCCCCCGUCGCAGGGCAACAUCCCCCAACAUGCCUGAGCAGAUCACCGUCUCGGAGUUCCUGGCGGUGACUUCGGAAGACCUGAGCUCCCCGGCGGCUUCUACCUUCUCCUCCAAAAUGCAGAAGUGCCGGGGGGCGGUGGCGGUGCUGGAAGAGAGCCUGGACGGUGACCAAGCAAUUCUCCAGAGGAUAAGGAAAUAUGUGAAAGCCAUUCAUGUCUCCGGGCUCACACAUGUCGAGAAUGAGGAGCAGUACAGUGAAUCUCUGGAGAACUUCGGCAACAACCACCUGUCUCAGAACAAUCACGAGCUUUCCACCGGCUUCCUGAACCUGGCGGUCUUCACCAGAGAAGUGACCGCGCUCUUCAAGAACCUGGUGCAGAAUCUGAACAACAUCGUCUCCUUCCCCAUGGAGAGCCUGCUAAAGGGGCAGCUGAAAGAUGGCCGGCUGGAUUACAAGAAGCAGAUUGAGAAGGCCUGGAAGGAUUAUGAGACCAAAGUAGCAAAGAUCGAAAAGGAGAAGGAGCGAGCCCGGAUAGCGGGCGUCAUCCAGGCGGAGCCGUCGCCAGCGGAAAUCGCCGAGGAGACACACAAGGAGCGCCGGAUGUUCCAGCUUCAGAUGUGCGAGUACUUGCUGAAAGCUAACGAGAGCCAGACGAAGCAAGGUCCAGACUUCCUGCAGAGCCUGAUCAAGUUUUUCCAUGCGCAACAUAAUUUCUUCCAAGAUGGCUGGAAGGCUGCUCAGAAUCUCUACCCUUUCAUUGAGAAGCUCGCCGCAUCUUUACAUGCACUGCACCAGGCCCAGGAGGAGGAGGUGAAGGAGCUCACUCAGAUCCGUGACUCCCUCCGAGGCAUCCUGCAGCUGGAGAACAAAGAGGAAAACCUUCUCAGGAAGAACUCUGGCAGCGGCUACAGCAUCCACCAGCACCAAGGGAACAAGCAGUACGGGACGGAGAAGUCGGGCUUUCUGUGCAAGAAAAGCGAUGGAAUCCGGAAAGUGUGGCAGAAGAGGAAGUGUGGGGUGAAGUAUGGCUGCCUCACCAUCUCGCACAGCAUGAUCAAUCGGCCUCCCGUGAAGCUGAACCUGCUGACCUGCCAAGUGAGACCUCACCCGGAGGAAAAGAAGUGCUUUGACCUUGUGACGCAUAACAGGACAUACCACUUCCAGGCUGAGGAUGAACAGGAGUGUGUUGUCUGGGUGUCUGUGCUCCAAAACAGCAAGGAUGAAGCCCUCAGCAACGCCUUCAAGGGUGACCCAAGCGGCUGUGCAGCCUCGGCCAGGGGGGUGACGGACGCUGGCCUGCACGAGCUCACCAAGCUGGUCAUUGGCGAGGUGAACGGCAUGCCAGGCAACAAGCAGUGCUGUGACUGCGGGGCCCCAGAUCCCACGUGGCUUUCCAUCAACCUGGGCAUCCUGACGUGUAUUGAGUGCUCGGGCAUUCACCGGGAGCUGGGGGUGCACUACUCCCGCAUACAGUCCCUCACCCUCGACGUUCUCAGCACCUCUGAACUGCUGCUGGCGGUCAGUAUUGGAAAUGCCCGGUUUAACGAAAUCAUGGAGGCCACGCUGCCGGCGCAGGGGAAUCUGAAGCCUUCGUCAAGCAGCGAUAUGAGCGCCAGGAAAGAAUAUAUCAUGGCCAAAUACAUGGAGCGCAAGUAUGUCCAGAAAGCCGGCAGGGAUGAGCCACACCGGCUCUGGGAAGCCAUUCGGAACCGGGAUCUCUUUGCCUUGUUACAAGCCUUUGCGGAGGGGCAUGAUCUAGCAAAACCCCUGGCUAGCCCUGACAGCCAGGACCAGGGUGAGUUGGCUCUGCACCUGGCUGUGCGUUAUGCAGACAAGUCCUCCCUCCCACUGGUGGACUUCAUCAUUCAGAAUGGGGGCAACCUGGACAAGGCGACUCAGGACGGGAACACAGCUCUGCACUACAGCGCUCAGUACAACCAGCCCAACUGCCUCAAGCUGCUGCUGAAAGGGAAAGCGGCCACAAACACAGUGAAUGCAGCAAGCGAGACGGCCCUGGACGUGGCAAGGAGGCACAAACAUGUUGAGUGUGAAGAGCUGCUUGAGCAGGCACAGGCCGGGAAGCUAAACCUGCAGGUGCACUUGGAGUACGACUGGGAGGCCUCUCAGGAAUACACCUACGACAGCGAGGAGGAGCUGGAGGAGAAGCUGAGCCCGCUGCAGCGAUCCUUCAAGUCCACGUCGUCCCCAACCACGGGCCAGCCCGCCCUCUUCCCCCAGAACCGGUGGAGCUGCACUGGCAUGGACAUCAGCAACAAGACCUACGAGACCAUCCUGGUCCCCUCGCGGCCCAUCCAGCGGCGGUCACACAGCGAGGAGAUCCCCCCACCGCUGCCCAUCAAAAACCCGACCAGAGGGGGCUCCAGAACCAAACCGGGGCAGAGCCCAGCAGAUCGCCCAGAGCUUCCACGUCAGGCCUCCGAGCCCCAGUCCUCUGCGUUGUCAGAGGCACCUGCCUGCCGAAACCUAUCCACAUCCAGCGCUCCUAGCACCUUGGACGGCUGUGCUUCCCGGCCGCCGUCCACCUCCCGAAGCCCCCCAGAAGCCAGACGCACGGUCUACUGGGAAACCCACUCGGAGACGGAGAGCAGCAGCCAGCGGAGGACAUCGGAGGCCAGUCAGACAACAGCGCAGCAGCCUGCUGCUGGGACGUCGCCGGAACAGGGGCAAAUAACCCCAGUCAAGUUCAGCUCAGAAAGCACCCGGUCUUACCGGCGGAUCGGCGGCGGCUCGGUGGGGAAAUCCUCCGGCUUGGCCAUCUCCCCACAAAGCUCUGGCUGCCCCGAGGACCCGCCUUCCAGCAAGGCUCCAAGUUUAGUGCAGAACACUCCCCCGGUACCCGUGCCGCGGAGGUUUGCUCCGGCCAAGGUGAGGCAGAAGAGGGUGAUGGCUCUGGUGGACUGCAAGGGGGAGAGGGCCCGGGAGCUGACCUUCUCCAAGGGCGAGGUGAUCGUGGUGACCCGGGAGGAGGAUGAGCAGAGCUGGGUCGGCUUCAUUGAAGGAGAUGGCUCCAGGACGGGCGUCUUCCCUGCCAGCUCCGUCCACCUCUUGCAAGAGUGACUGGCUGGUUUUUCCUUUCCCCUCGGAGCUGGUGCGAGCUCUCGGCGAGCGUGUGGGGGGCAGGGCUGAGCGCUCACUCCCUCCCCCCCCCCCCCCCACCACCAAGGUGUCAGGACUUUGUGCUCAAGCAACUUCACAGGGGCAUCACAGGAGCACAGGCCUGUUUUCUUGCUUCCCUUCCCACCCCCGAGUCUGGGCCUUGAGGGUAAUGGAUGCUAGGGCACGUACUGUAUUGAGGGUUUGAGGCAGGGGCUUGGGUGGAAUCAACAUUCCCCCCUCCCCACCCCAAAUACUCCCCUCCCACCAUGUGCUGGUCUAUUUAGCCUCUUUACCCAAACUAGUUCCUUUUCCUGGAUGGAGAGGCGGCUGGGCAUCCCACCCACCCACCCAUCGCACCAGGACCAGUGUCUGUCUCUACACCCCCGGCCAGGCUAGCUCACCAUAGCCUUGCAGCUCGCUGGAUGAACUGGACAACGGGAUUCAUCAUCUUUGCUGCCUCAGUCAGGGGGAAGCUGAUCAACGGGGAAGACUUGAGGAUCUGGUGGAACUUGCAACCUCCUCUGCGGAGUCGGGGACGGGCUGAGGAGCUGAUAGGGACGGUGGCUCGCUAGGAAAUGGACCGAGAACGGACAACCUUGCUGCACCGCUCUGCAGGCCCCAGCUUCAGCCAUUUGUCUGCUCCGUAGCUUUUGUGGGCUUUGAGGGGUCGUCUCCCCCUCGGGGUAGGGGUGGGGUUAUGGCUGGGCCGGGAAAGGGAGUUCAGUUCAGAGCCUGGAUGCCUCUCAUCACAUUCCUGCGGGAUAAAACUGGGAGCCAGGAGCUCUAGCAUUCCAAUACCGGGCAAGGGUGGGGGGAAGCUCCACUGGGCUCAAAUGUCUGUAUUGAAGGCAAGAAAAGGGGAGGCAGAUCCCAAACUUUGUGUUCUUCCCACCCCCAUGAGUCAGGACGGGAGAAGGCUGCGAACCCCUUCUGGGUGACUAGCGACAGUGCACUGCUCUCCCUGUUAUUUCCUAGGGAUACCAGACUCUGUGGAGCAUGGAAUGGCAGGACAUGGCCCAUCAACUCCUGAUGUCUGGCCUCGUGCCCCGGCCAAUGCUGGGCAUCUCUCCUGGCCUCCCUCCACAAUGCCCCCAGCCCAUGAGCAGUGCUGGGAAAGGGGGGAUUACCUUGCACCUCGGAGACAUACUGGAGUCUUUCUCUGCCUAAUUCUGGCAAAACUGGCCCAGGCCGAUAAAGGCUGAUGAGAGGGGGAUAAAAAGCAAGUCUCCUUGCGCUGCAUGAGUUAUCCUAGAAAUUAGAGAUAGGGAACAGUCUGGAUGGCUUCCCCCCCCACCAGGGGCUUGUACAGGGGGGUUCACUACAGUGGAUCCUCCGGUGUUUCCAUUGAUUCAAGUGCUGCUCUUUCCCUUGGGCUGCUCUUUGAUGUCAGAGAGUUGUCUCCGGACGCUGCCUAAAUUCCCCCUUUGUGCAACUUCAUCCCAUUCUCUCCUGACUCUUCCUCCAGAAACCACCCCUCUCCGCCCCUAGCAUUGGCACAGGGCUGGUUGAAUACCCCCGUUAUGCCUUGGGGCAUUCACCGUCCCUGCCCUUUAAUAACAACGAACGCCUAACGCUUUUCAUCAGUCAGUCUCAAAGCACUGCACAGAGGAGAUGAAGAGCAUCAUCCCUGUUUUACAGAUGGGGAAACUGAGGCACACAGCGGAAGUGGUGAUUUACCCAGGGUCAUCCAGCAGCAAAUUCUGUUCAUGUGUUUCCCAGACUGCUCUGAACCCCCAGGUUCCUCUUAUUUAAAAGUAUUUGAGACAGUUGCUUUUUGGCCUGUCAUUCUGAAUCUCCGUGUUUCCCCACCAGCAUAAUUUGCAGGUACCAUUUAGGGCCGCCUUAGCUCAGCACAAAACUAGCAUGAUACCAUUGACUUCAAUGGGGCUGCUUCCAUGCCUGAAGUGAUUUUUUUAAUAGCGUUUAAGCCCGGAAAGAACCAUUAGAUCAUCUAGUCUGAGCUCCUGUGUAUCCCAGGCUGUCGGUUUUCACCCAGCUACUCCUGUGUUGAGCCCAAAAACUUGAGUUAAACUAAAGCAUUUCAGUUCUCAGGUACCUAAACUGAUGUGUGCUGUGGGGAGAGAACAGACGGGACCAAAGUGCCCCAAUGCCCGUGGUGCCCUGCAAUGGCAGGGCAUUGGCCAGGUGGGAGAAGUGCUUUAUGACUUGGCACGAUCGAGGCCCAGAUCAUCUGCUUGAGAAAACGUAGCCCUCGAUGGCCUUAAAAAAGGGGUUAGAAACGGUUCCCUUUUGCAAAUCAAGUGAAGGGGAUCGGUAGUGCAGAGGGCUCAUUCUGGAUCAGACCUGACCCCCAGACCAAUUUACACCAAGGGUUAAAUCUCUGCAGCCCAAAGGUUUACACCCCCCCCCCCACAAAAAAAAACAAAAACCCAAAACACCCUGUGACUUGACUGUCACCCCCUUCAGCUUUUGUCUGUUUCCUGUUUUAGGAAAUGAGGCUUUGCUGGAGUCUCAGUGAAUCUUCUGUCCUGUGGGUUUAAUCAUCCCCCUGCUCCUGCUUCACAGAGACCCUCCUCUUCUUGGGAGGCCGCUCUGUUUCUGUGGCUCCAAUCUGGCUUUCCAUCCCCUUUCCCUUAUAGGAAAAUACUUGAAGGAAAUAAAGGGAGCCAGAUGGAUGCCUUGUCCCUAAUAGGAGUCCAGUCCCUGGGUGUCUCCUUGGUCCCUCGCCUUUGUCUAUAGUAUGGUAGGAGGAGACAAUCUCCAGGCAGGAAUCCUGCAGCAGGAGACUGUGGUAUUCUGAGGGUACGGAGAAGGAAAAGCUAGUUUGUCUUGUGGCUUUCCCACCACCCUUUCUUCCUAACCCUGAAACUGUGAAAUAUAUAUAUUUUUUAUAAAUAGGAAAGAGGUCUGUAUUGGCCCAUCUGUGUAGUGCCGGGCUCAAAUUGGAAGUUGGCCGGCUAGAUUUGGGUCCAGAUUUCAAUCAUCCAUAACGCCGGGGAGUCUUCAGCUCUGGUUUGGCCUAACCUAGAGAGAGACCGUUGAGUGCAGUGACUAGAAAGAAGGCUCUUGAUUGAGGUGGCUGGACAAGAGAGAGCUCCCUGUGGUUCUCCCGGGUUGCUUAAUAAUUUUGGUGCAGGUUUAGAACUGAUGAGGACUCCACCGCCAAAAGUUGUGGCGGGGAAGGGAGAUGAGGGUAAUUUUGGGGCUCAGGCCUAGGCCCAUCUCCGCUAUGGAUGUACAGAUUUUUGGUUUUUUGCCUCUGACUCCUUUCCCAUGGGUCUAAUGGUUAUACAGAGACUCAUUCUAGCCUCUGUCAGGAAUACGUUUUAAAGGGGGUGGGGAGCUUGUUUGUUUGGCUUCUGCAAUGGUUUACUGGGACCAAUGCUUCUGACCUGUAUGAGCCUCCCUCGUGAUUUUUUUUGUCCCCUGUGAUCAAGUUGCAUUUUUUUAUAAUUGUCAGUGGGUUUGUAGUGGAAUAUUUAAUCUCAAGAUGGUCUCUUUUUUUAUUCCUCCCCCUUCCCCCCAUUUCUAAUAAAAUUGUUUUUUUUUUUU